AUGAUUCUCAAUCAGGCCUGGAACACUCUGCAGGCACACAAGAAGCGGGUGCUGCCAGCACGCCAGGCCAAGCACGUCGGUUGCAAGAGGACGGGCGAGCUACUGAACUCAGGAAAGAGGAAGAGGAGAAAUAUCUGCCACGUAGAAAGCCUGGCACAUUGCAAGCGGAUGCUGCCAGCAUCCCAAGCCAAGCACGCUGGAUGCAAGAGGACACAAGAGCCGCUGAGCUCAGGAUGGAUGAAGAGGAGAAACAUCUCCUACAGAGAAAGCCUGGUGCUGUGCCUGGCAGGUCGAGGGUAA